AAAAAAUACCAAACAUUUUGUAUGUGCGAUUCUGAUAAAAAAUUCCUUUUGUAUUAAAUACAAACAGUGCAAUAACAAAACCAGGAAAAUUUACAGUUUAACUAUCAAGAGUGCUCAUUAAAUUAGUGAUUCACAUGGUUAAAAAUAAAAAUGGCGAUGGCCGUGAACGAAACGAACAGCGACAGUCUAUCGCCGAACGAAGAACCUAAAUUGAAAUACGAUCGAAUGGGUAACGACGUCCAAAAUAUACUUUUAAAAGAUGCUGUGAGCUGUAUCUGCGUGCAUACUAAGUUUAUCUGCCUCGGAACCCAAUGGGGAGUGAUUCAUUUACUUGAUCACGAAGGAAACACGGUCCCUAUAUCGCAAGACAACAAUCAGAAGGAUUUGCAGGCACAUGCGAUCGCAGUGAACAAAAUCUCAGUAGAUCUUAAUGGGGACUACAUUGCUAGCUGCUCUGAUGAUGGGAAGGUGUUGGUGUAUGGCCUGUACACAGAUGACAACGCCCAUAACUUGACCCUGGGACGGGUUGUGAAAUCUGUGGCAUUAGAUCCUUUUUACUUCAAGUCUGGCUCGGGCAGAAGAUUCCUUACAGGUGACAACAAAUUGAUGCUUUAUGAGAAGACAUUUCUGAACCGCCUGCGGAGUACAGUUCUUUGUGAAUGUGAAGGUUAUGUUCAGGCAAUAUCAUGGCAUGAGCGAUUUGUAGCCUGGGCAAGUGAGGUAGGUGUGCGUGUAUAUGACCUUGUGGCAAGAUGUUCUCUAGGACUUAUCCAAUGGGAAAAAAGUCCCAACCGCUCUAUAGAAGACUUUCGCUGCAACCUCCUCUGGUCAGCUCAUAAGACUCUCAUGAUUGGCUGGGUUGACACAAUCCGCAUAUGUGUUAUACGCAAGAGGAGCCAUAUUGAAUUGCAAACACGAGAUGUAACAGAAUUUCUUGUAGACCCAAUCUACACAUUCCAGACUGAUUACUUCAUCAGUGGCCUAGGCCCGCUGGAUGAUCAAUUAGUGCUACUUGGAGUGCCGAAAGAAUGCAAUGCUGAAACUGGUAAAGCUCAAAGACCUGUCCUUUUAGUAGCUGAUUACAAAGACUGUGAAUUUUGUGAGGUUUCAACUGACACUCUUAAUAUUAGAGGAUAUGAGGAGUAUUCAUGCAAUGACUAUUAUUUAGACAUGCUUAUUGAAGAAAAUAGAUUUUUCAUAGUUUCCCCAAAGGACAUAGUUGUAGCAAGCCCUUAUGACAUUGAUGAUAGGGUAAACUGGCUGGCUGAAGAAGGAAAAUUUGAAAAAGCCAUGUCAGUGCUAGAAGAGGUUGGAGGAAAAACAUCUAAACAUUCAAUGGUAACUGUAGGAGUUCAAUAUUUAGAUCAUUUAAUUUCAGAACAUCUUUAUGAAGAAGCAGCCAUUCUGUGUGCAAGGAUUUGCAAAAAUGAUAAAGUGUUAUGGGAAAAUCAAAUUUUAAAGUUCGUUGAUGUUCAACAACUUCGCUCUAUCAGUGCCUAUGUACCUAAAAAUCUUGAACAACGCCUGAGUCCACAGAUUUACGAACUAAUUUUUUGUGAAUACCUAAAAGUGGACCCAGUUGGAUUUCUAAAACUUGUCCAAGAGUGGAAUCCAGCUUUAUACAGAACAGCUGUCAUUGUGGAUAAAGUCUUAGGACAUUUAAUGACUACUAAAGUAGAGAAUAUUUAUUUGGAAGCCCUAGCUUUACUCUAUUGCUAUCAAAAAAGGUUUGAUAAAGCACUGACAACUUAUUUGAAACUACAGCACAAUGAUGUGUUCAAGUUGAUAACUGAUCAUGACAUGUACUAUGUGAUAUAUGACAGAAUUCUUGAUUUGAUUACUCUAGACUGUGAUAAAGCUAUUUCUAUACUUGUCCAAGGCAGGGCCAAGGUACCUGUAGAAGUAGUAGAAAAGCAACUCGAAAAUAAUGAUGAAUAUUUAUUUAAAUAUUUAGAUGCAUACAGUAAAGUUGAGCCCAAUGGACGAUAUCAUGGGAAACUUGUCCGCCUCUAUGCAAAAUAUGCCAGAAAGAAACUACUGCUAUUUCUCAAAUGUAGUGACAACUAUCCUAUACAAGAAGCAUUGGAUGUCUGCCAAAGCAAUGAGUUUUAUCCUGAAAUGGUGUUUCUUCUUGGCCGUAUUGGUAAUACAAGAGAGGCAUUACAAAUCAUAAUAGAGAAGUUGCAGGAUAUUAACCAAGCUAUAUAUUUCUGUCAAGAACAUAACGACAGGGAACUGUGGACGGAUCUCAUUAAACAUACCAUAGACAAACCAGAAUGUGUUACGUUACUCCUUAAAAGGAUAGGAAAUUACGUGGAUCCAAGGAUGCUAAUACAGAACAUACAAUCGGGUUGUGAAAUAAAAGACUUGAAAGAGUCUCUUGCCAAAAUGAUGUGUGAUUAUCAUUUACAGAUGUCUGUACAAGAGGCAUGCAAGGUGAUAACAUUAAGAAACUACUUUGAUUUGCAUGAAAAGCUAAUUGUUAAUCAGCAAAGAGGAAUAUCAGUUACAGAUGAGUUUCUAUGUAGUGUGUGUCAAGGUCGCAUUAUAAUAAGAGAUUUGUCAGAUGCCUCCGAUUUAGUUGUGUAUAAUUGUCGUCAUUCCUUCCAUAUAGAAUGUUUGCCUGACGGAGUGAAGCAUAAUAAUUGUAGUGUUUGCAGUGCUGUUAAAAUGUGACCGCCGAAACGCUCAAAAUUAUUUGUAGAUAGGACUGUGUAUAUUAAAUUCAAUGAUAAUUAUAAUUUUAGUUUUAUAUAAAGUGUACCUGAUAAGGUUGAAUUUAAUGAACUAAUUUAGUUUAUAUGUUAUGUUAUCACAUGUUGUUAUGGUGCUUAUGUAUUGGUGUAAAUAAUUAUUUUUCAUGAUUAGUAUCCAGAACACAUACUUCAAUUUUGCUCCAAAAUUUUAUUUUCUGGAUAAAUAACUUUUGAUUUUAGCUAUUAUACAUAAAUAUCCACUGA